CACCAAUCAGCGUAACGGAUGUAGGCGAGGUGAACUCUCUCGGCCAAUCAGAAGGGCGGAUUCUUCUGCUCGAAGUCCACAUACUUUUUUCUGGAAGCUUGGCGCCUGGUAAACUAAAAAACUGUUGGAGGAAUCGGGGGGCGCUUUGAAUGUUGGUGGACGUCUCAGUCCUCUUUGUAGACACCGACGGAGACCAUCGCUCGGACGGCAAUUUGACCACGGUCGGUGGCCAGCCUAGCCAAGCGGGAGCCAUGCCUGUCCCCGCUGGAUACGUCAGCGACUCCCCAGUCGCGGCCUUCGCAUCCUCGGCCUCGCUUAUUCCACCGCCGCCGAUAAACACCCGGCAGCUCGGUGUUGUCACCUCGCUGCUGUACAGUGGCUCCAAGUUCAGGGGCCACCAGAAAAGCAAAGGGAACUCGUACGACGUUGAGGUCGUUUUACAGCAUGUUACCAUGGAGGAUUCCUACUUGUGCGGAUACCUGAAGAUAAAAGGACUGACUGAGGAGUACCCAACUCUGACCACGUUCUUCGCCGGGGAGAUCAUCAGCAGGACGCGGCCGUUUCUCACGCGUAAAUGGGACGCAGACGAGGACGUGGAUCGUAAGCACUGGGGCAAGUUCCAGGCUUUCUACCAGUAUGCAAAGACAUUCAACUCGGAUGAUUUUGACUACGAGCAUCUGAAGAACUCUGACUAUAUUUUCAUGAGGUGGAAGGAGCAGUUCCUGGUGCCCGACCACACAAUAAAAGACAUCAGCGGAGCAUCCUUUGCCGGAUUCUACUACAUAUGCUUCCAGAAGUCCACAGCAACGAUCGAGGGCUACUACUAUCACAGGAGCUCUGAAUGGUACCAGUCGCUAAACCUCACCCACGUUCCCGAGCACAGCGCCGCCAUCUAUGAGUUCCGGUGACCCCGGCCGGCAUCGUGGAUCUUUUCUUGAUGGACACAGACUUAAGGCGAAGCAGAGGUCUGCAGAUGCUACCGAGAACGAAAAAGGAGAACAAAUGGGGACGAGAAUCUGGAGAAGUGCAAACUCAUACAGUGUUCCCGACGAGUGGAAUAACCUCAGAUGGACCAGUGGACGGGAUAUCGCACGGAUGAAUGUAUGGAUGAGAGGAGAGGAAGUAAGAGCAGAUGUGCUCCCUGGCUGCUAAAGUUACAACCAGCAGCAGAGACCGGGGUGCGCCUCCAAACUGCGUACCCCUUCCUUUUAUUCCUUUUUAAUGUCUGGCAUCUCCAGACACUUUAUAAACCGAGUUGGGAAUUCUCCUCAGUGGUUUUUUUGCAACCAGAAUCGUCGGCGGCUUUCACUCGGAGCCGAUGCCGAGCCGCAGGAACACGCUCGACUCCCGCUGGGCAAGGAUUCCUCUGAGGGAGUCCGCUCGUCCAGACGCGAUCUGGAAAGGAGUAACACGUCUGUGAGGAAGAAAAGCACGAGAGCAGUUUGGGUUCAUGAUUGAUUGGAGCUUCAAUCGGCCCAUAAGCUACUACGGCAGUAUUUCUUUUGAGAUAAGCUGGGUCUUUGUUUGCCUGCCAAGAGGAUAUUUUGUUAUCUCACUCUAAAUGAUGGAUGCAGAGUGUCACUUUUUAAAGGCUGCAGUGUGAGUGACGAGCGAAACAGGCUCCCCCCCCACUCAUGUUCAUACAACUCCUUGGGAGGUUAUUAUCAACAUGUGAUUGUUGUGGAUCUGGUUCUAUUGCGUUACAUUUGCACAAAGAUGGACUGUAUGGAUCUGAAGCUCGUGGUCAGGGCUCCUCGCGUGCCCUGAGCACACGAGGUGGCAGGAGAAGAUCCCUUCUAACCCCACGUCUGUCCCCUGACUAUGCAACACUUUCACCAUAGCACUCUUUAAACAAAAAAAACUGCAGUUUUCAGAGACAAUUUUAUUCUAUCCUCAUGUGUAUAAAAAAAUAAUAAUAAAAAAAGAAAAGAAUCUAUCUUCAUGACAGGAAAUAUUUUUGUUAAAUUGCCUAUGUAAACACUCCCUGGUCAUGUUCCCUUCCCACGUGUCGGUGCCAUCUUUCUAAAGCUUAUCAGAGUUGUAUUAUAACUGUGUGUUUUGUUUGUUGAGACUAAGUUUGGAUUUGAUUGACAGUGUGACUGUAAAAUGGAUUUUAAAAAGUCAUAUCAAAAGGC